AUGCCCCGUGUCUUCCUGGUCAGGAGUCAGCGUCCACAGGCGGCCAACUGGGGCCACCUGCCUGACCAGCUCCGGGGAGAUGCCUAUAUCCCAGACUGCAGCAGCCUGGCAGGGCCACAAACACAGCAGUCUUCCGGCCUUGGGGACACUUGGGCAACGCAGGCCACACAGGAAACCCUGGCAUCUGCUCCCAGGAACCCUGGGGCACUUGGCUGCCCUCUCUGCCCCAAGGCCUUUCCGCUGCAGCGCAUGCUAACUCGGCACCUCAAGUGCCACAGCCCGGCACGCCGCCAUGUGUGCCACUGUUGUGGCAAGGGCUUUCAUGAUGCCUUCGAUCUCAAGCGCCACAUGAGGACUCACACUGGCAUCCGGCCAUUCCGCUGUGGAGCUUGUGGGAAAGCUUUUACACAGCGUUGCUCCCUCGAAGCACAUCUUGCAAAAGUGCACGGGCAGCCAGCCAGCUAUGCCUACCGGGAACGGCGGGAGAAGCUGCACGUGUGCGAGGACUGUGGCUUCACCAGCGCACGCCCAGAUGCCUACGCACAGCACCGCACCCUGCAUCGUGCUGCCUGA